UUAAAAACUCUUUUUGGUCAGUUCUUGCUAGACUUGCAACGAAAAGAAAAUUAAAGAUCUUCUUUUUCUUUUCUUUCAUUAUUAUAAUUUGUUUUCACCUACUGCAAUUGCUAAGCCUGAGGGUGCAAAACGAUCCCUUUUAACCUUAACAGCAGCAAUAACAAGAAGUAAUAAUCAUCGAAGAUUAAGAAAGAAAGAAAGAAUAGGGAAAACAGGGUGUUUCAUUCUAUAACAAUUUCUUGAAGAAGAAAUGAAAAGAAAUCAUCUUGCGGAGGUUGUUUUCUUGUUUCUAUUCUGUUUUUGGUCUUUGGCUUAUGGGGCAGUGUUGUUUCCUGACAAACAGGUGCUGCUUGAAUUCAAGUCCUUUGUUUCUGAUCCUCAUGGGAUUCUGUCCACCUGGAAUUCUACCAAUUCUGAUCACUGUUCGUGGUCUGGUGUCUCAUGCAACUCUAAAUCUAGAGUUGUCUCUCUCAGAAUUAGUGGUGGUGAUGGAUAUGAAGGUAAUUCCCGCGCUCUUUCUUGUUCAAAGUCCUUAAAGUUUCCAUUUCGUAGAUUUGGGAUUAGAAGAAGUUGUGUUAAUCUUGUUGCUAAACUAGAAGGGAAGUUAACUCCGUUGAUUGGGAAACUCAGUGAACUUAGAGUUCUGUCUCUGCCUUUUAAUGAAUUUAGUGGUGAAAUUCCUUUAGAGAUAUGGGGGUUAGAGAAUUUAGAAGUGCUUGACCUUGAAGGCAACUUGUUCACUGGUGAAUUGCCUCAUGGAUUUGUUGGGCUGAGAAAAUUGGAAGUGUUGAAUCUUGGGUUUAAUAGACUUAAUGGUGAGAUUCCUAUUGCUUUAUCAAAAUGUAUGGAUUUAAAGAUUUUGAAUUUAUCUGGUAACAAGCUGAAGGGAUCACUUCCAAGUUUUGUUGGUAGUUUUUCCAAGCUGAGAGGACUUUAUUUAGCUAAUAAUGAGCUGAUUGGGAUUGUUCCUGCUGUCUUGGGAAAUAAAUGCCGGUAUCUUGAGCAUCUUGAUCUGUCUGGAAAUUUCCUUAUUGGUGAGAUUCCUGGUACUUUAGGAAAUUGUUGGCGGUUGAAGACACUUUUGUUGUUUUCGAAUAGUUUGAAUGGUGAGAUUCCUCGUGAACUUGGUCAGCUUAGAAGACUUGAGGUUCUUGACAUUUCAAGAAAUUUCAUUGGUGGUGUGAUCCCUACGGAGCUUGGUAAUUGUGUUGAAUUGUCAGUUCUUGUCCUUUCAAACCUUUUCGAUACGUGGCUUAAUGAGAGAACUGUGAGUGAAGAGGUACCAGUUCGGUUGCCAGCUGUUUCUAAUGAAGGGUAUAACCGUUUCCAAGGAUCUAUUCCUGUGGAAAUUACAACCCUUCCAAAGCUGACAGUCUUUUGGGCACCAAUGGUAACUUUCGGAGGGAAACUUCCAAGUAAUUGGGGUGACUGUAAGAGCUUGGAGAUGGUGAAUUUAGCUCAGAAUGGUUUUAAUGGAGAAAUAAAUGGACUUUUUGAGAAAUGCAGGAAGCUUAAUUUCCUUGAUUUGAGUUCAAACAGGCUAAGUGGGGAGCUCGACAAGGAGCUUCCGGUUCCUUGCAUGACCCACUUCGAUGUUAGUCAGAACCUCAUGUCUGGCUUCAUCCCCAGAUUUAAUUGCAGUGCUUGCCAAAGUGUAACCUCAUUGCAUUCAGGUCUUGGCCAUGUCAAUGUUUACAAGUCAUUUUUUAGGUACAGAACACGUUUUGCCCCAAAUUUGCCAUUUUCUGUUUCUAAUUUGGCAAUGAUUUACAACUUUGGUCAAAACAAUUUCACCGGUCCAAUUCGUUGGCUGCCAGUUGUAACACAGAGAAUGGUGAAGCGGACUGAUUAUGCUUUUCUUGCCGGUGGAAACAAGUUUACUGGAUCAUUUCCAAAAAGCUUAUUUGGGAAGUGUGAUAAAUUGCGAGGAAUGAUUAUUAAUGUUAGCAACAACCAAAUAUCUGGUCCUAUUCCACAGAAUAUUGGUUCCAUGUGCAGAUCUCUUAGAUUUUUCGAUGCCUCUGAUAAUCAAAUUUCAGGGUCAGUACCCCAAAGUCUUGGGCUUUUGAAAUAUCUUGUUGCCCUUAACUUGAGUGGAAACAAAAUGCAUGGUCAAGUCCCAGCUAGUCUCUCUCGGUUAAAGUACUUAAAGCACAUCUCCUUGGGUGGUAACAACCUGUCUGGUGUCUUUCCUUCUAGUUUUGAACAAUUGGAUCCCCUUGAAGUUUCAAAACUAAAUGCAAAUUCUCUCCCUGCAAAACUCUCAGAGCACAAUUCCUCUGGAUUCUCUACCAUGAGAUCAUUGUCCUCAAUUAAUGUGUCCUCAAAUGAUUUGUCAGAGUCAGUUAUCUUGAAUGCAUCUCCAGGUACAGCAAAAAGCGACGGGGAUCAACCAAGUAAUCUAAAUUCUCAGACGGAGACAAAGACUGGGAAUAGUGGUUUUAAGCCAGUUGAGAUUGCAUCUAUAGUAUCAGCAUCAGCUGUUGUUUCUGUGCUUCUUGCUCUGGUCGUUCUUUUCUUCUAUACAAGAAAUUGGGGCCCAAAUGCCCGGGUUGAGGUUUCUGAACCAAAGGAAGUUAAAGUUUUUGCCAAUAUUGGGGUUCCUUUAUUAUAUGAGAAUAUUGUAGAAGCCACGGGAAACUUCAACGCAAGCAACUGCAUUGGAAAUGGAGGUUUUGGUGCCACUUACAAGGCAGAAAUUUCUCCAGGAAUACUAGUGGCUAUAAAGAAGCUCGCUGUUGGAAGGUUCCAGGGUGUUCAACAAUUCCAUAAUGAGAUAAAGGCUCUGGGAAGGGUGAGACACCCUAACCUCGUAACUUUGAUAGGGUAUCAUGCCAGUGAUGCAGAAAUGUUUCUCAUAUAUAAUUAUCUGCCAGGGGGUAAUUUGGAAGAUUUUAUUAAGGAAAGAUCAGCAAGUGCUGUUACCUGGAAGGUCCUUCACAAGAUUGCUUUAGAUAUAGCCUCAGCACUUGCCUGUCUUCAUUAUCAAUGUGCUCCUAGAGUUCUACACCGCGAUGUCAAGCCUAGUAACAUAUUGUUAGAUAACGACUUGAAUGCCUAUUUAUCUGACUUUGGAUUGUCUAGGCUCUUGGGCACUUCUGAAACCCAUGCAACAACUGGUGUGGCCGGAACAUUCGGAUAUGUCGCACCAGAAUAUGCUAUGACCUGUCGUUUAUCUGAGAAAGCUGAUGUUUACAGCUACGGUGUGGUUUUACUCGAGCUGAUAUCAGAUAAGAAGGCCUUGGAUCCUUCAUUUUCUUCACAUGAAAAUGGUUUCAAUAUUGUUUCUUGGGCCUGCAUGCUUUUGCGGAACGGCCAAGCAAAGGACGUCUUCACUGCUGGGCUAUGGGAUACAGGUCCCCAUGACGACCUGGUGGAAAUGCUGCACUUGGCUGUGAGAUGUACAGUUGAAACCCUCUCAACCAGGCCUAACAUGAAGCAAGUUGUCCAAAAGUUGAAGCAAAUUCGACCUUCCUGAUGUUAGCAAGACAAUCAAACUUGUGAAUGUGUACAUUUGAGACUAGAAGCCAGGACAUGAAUAGAGAAAAAUACAAUCUUGUAAUUUGUACAUUUGCUGCAAAUCCCAUGUCAGGUAUCCAUUUUAUAAGGUGUUAAUGCUGUUACAUAUUCAAAUAGCCAUUUAUCACCCUGCAUUAGUUUGAAAGAAAUUGUCUUUUUCAGAGCA